AUGGUAAAUAAACCAUUGAGUAAAUUCUACGUGGUUAAGAGAGGGGGUCGUAAAGAAGAAGUUCAUAUAGAUAAAAUUACUUCUCGAAUACAGAAAUUAUGUUACGGUUUAAAUAUGGAUUACGUGGACCCGGUGAGCAUCACCUUGAAAGUGGUGAAUGGUUUGUACCCAGGGGUUACUACUGCAGAACUGGAUGCUCUAGCUGCAGAAACUGCAGCAACUUUAAGUGGAGAUCAUCCGGAUUAUGCUACACUUGCUGCUAGAAUUGCCAUUUCUAAUCUUCAAAAAGAUACAAAGAAACAGUUUAGCGAUGUAAUCGAUGAUUUAUUCAACAUGUAUGACGACACGUUACAAGAAAAAAUCCCUUUAAUCUCUGAAGAAAUUCAUAAAAUCGUUACCAAAAAUGCUGAACGUCUUAAUUCCUGUAUAAUCUACGACAGAGAUUUCGCUUAUAACUAUUUUUCUUUUAAAGAACUAGAAAAAUCGUACUUGUUAAAAAUCAACGGUAAAGUAGUUGAAAGACCACAACACAUGUUAAUGAGAAUAGCGGUGCAAAUACAUUUAGAUAACAUCGAUGAUGUUAUCAAUACUUACAAUCUUUUAUCGGAAAAAUAUUACAUACAUUCCACCAAUACUAUACUAUUGGCUGGUAGUCCCAAACCUCAGAUGUGCUCUAGCAUAUCCAUGAUGAUGCCAGAUGAUUCAAUUGAAGGUAUUUUUGAUUGCAUACGUUUGUGUGGUGUCACUUCUAAAUUUACAGCAACGAUAGGGCUCAACAUUCAAAACAUCAGAGCUAAAGGAACCUACAUAGCGGGCACAAAUGGUGUCUCAAAUGGAUUGGUCCCAAUGUUGAGAGUAUUCAACAACAUGGCAUGCUAUGUAGAUCAACUAAACACCAACAGUAUCGCAGAAAUAGCUGUUUACAUAGAACCCUGGCAUUCCGAUAUAUUAGAAUAUCUAAAUUUAAGUAAACCUGGUGGUAAAGAGGAGGUACGUACUAGGGAGUUAUCCUAUGCUCUUUGGGUACCAGAUUUGUUUAUGAAACGAGUGGAAUCUAAUGGAAAGUGGUCUCUAAUGUGCCCGCAUCAAUGUCCUGGACUAAUCGACACCUAUGGAGAAGAGUUCGACAAGAUUUAUCAACAAUACGAAUCUGAAGGUAGAUACACAAAACAAAUCCCGGCUCAAGAUCUAUGGAGGGCCAUCAUCGUCCUUCAAGCGGAAACCGGAGGGCCAGUCAUGAUGUACAAAGACGCUUGCAACAGAAAAAGUAACCAACAACACGUCGGUACGAUCCGAGGGGGUAGUUUCAGCGGUGACGUGGUACAAUACACGUCGGCCAAAGAAAUCGGUUCGUGUCCGCAAGCCUCUAUAGCUGUAAACAUGUUCGUUAGUCCCGAUAAAAAAAGUUUCGAUUUUGUUAAAUUGAAAGACGUUGCUAAGAUCGUAGCUAAAAAUUUGGAUAAGAUCAUCGAUGUUAAUUUUAAUCCUCUGACUGAAGAGCAGGUUUCUUUGUUGAAUCAUCGUCCUAUUGGUGUUGGUGUUCAAGGAUUAGCAGAUGUUUUCAUUUUGAUGCAUAUAUCGUUUGAUAGUGAUGAAGCCAAGGCUGUGAAUAAGCAGAUUUUCGAGACUGUGUACUAUGGGGCUCUUGAGGCUAGCUGCGAUUUGGCAGAGUUGAAUGGACCUUAUCCCACAUAUGAAGGCAGCCCUGUAAGCAAAGGUAUUCUCCAGUACGAUAUGUGGAACGUCACCCCAUCAGCCCUAUGGAACUGGACAACACUAAAACAACGUAUUGCCAAAUCAGGCGUUCGUAACUCGCUGCUAGUUUCCCAAAUGUACGCUCCGAUAUUAUCCAGACUAUUUGGCAAUAGCGAAUCUGUCGACCUCUAUCGGUCGUUCUACUUCACCAGACGAGUGACUUCCGGAGAAUUCCCCGUCGUAAACCCCUACUUACUGAGAGAUCUGGAUGAUAAAGGCAUCUGGGACGACAAAAUCAAAGAAGCAAUUGUUACAAACGGCGGUUCUAUACAGAAUAUCGCGGAAAUCCCCGCGGAUUUGAAAGCCGUGUACAGAACGGCUUGGGAAGUGUCUCAAAAGAGUGUCGUCAACAUGGCCGUAGAUAGAAGUGCUUUCAUCGACCAAUCACAAAGCAUAAACAUUCAUAUCAUGAAUCCGAACUACGGUAGUUUAACUUCGAUGCACUUCUAUGGUUGGCGGUACGGUUUAAAGACAGGAAUGAACAAGUUGAAGACCAAAUCUGCGCCUAAAGUGUUCCAGAAGGUUGGUAAAAGUGCUGCUGUCGUUGAAGUCGAAGAUGAUAUAGAAGAGAUGAAGAAGAAGCUGAGGGAAGAGGAAGAGAACAAUAUGGCGAGUUUGGUAUGUUCAUUGCAGAAUAGGGAUGCUUGUGAUAUGUGCGGGGCUUAA